AUGGAUCGGCUGAAACAGAAGCGAAAAGCCCUGCGUUCACAGGUAACAAAGCUGCUGACGGAAAUCGAUACAGCUACCCAAACCGAAGUGCCGAUUGAGGAAGAGCUCAACGUCUUACUGACUCGUCUCAACGCGCUACAUGGUCAGCUUACCGAAACGGACUCCGCCCUCGAACCAUUGUUGGCAGCAAGUGACAUCGAACAAGAGUAUGCUCGGACCGUCGAGUACAGCGAUCGUAUCGUCACCUACUCGGCAAGACUGACCUUCAAGGUGCGGACCCUACACGAAAGAGCGAGUACAAGCGGUCAAGAAAUCGCAACAAACCACCGCAGUCCCACUUUGUCAGUCAAGGUCAAGCUACCAAAACUGGAACUCUUGAAAUUCAACGGACAACGUCAACAAUGGCAGCCCUUCUGGGAGCAGUUCGAGCAGGUCAUCCAUGGUAACCCAGAACUGUCAUCGGCCGAGAAGUUCCACUACCUCAGAUCGGCGUUGUCGGGAGAGACUGCUGCAGCGAUUGCCGGAUUGCCACCAACGGCCAGCUGUUAUGAAGAUGCGCGGGAGAUCAUAAAGUCCCGUUACGGCGACGAGGCGCUGCUAGUAGAGGACCACAUGAUGAAACUAGCAGAACGGCAGCCAGUUCGGACCUCGCAAGACGUCCGAGGACUACGACGACUACACGAUGACCUCCAAGCGCAUAUAAGAGGACUCAAGUCUCUAGGGGUUAACGAAGAUUCUUAUUCGACUCUCCUUUGCCCCCUUGUACUUCGGCUGAUUCCAGAAGAUAUUGUGCUAACCUACAACAGAAAUGUCGUUCGGAAGAAAGAACAGCGUCGCCCGGAAUGUGAGGCUGUAAACGCGGCUGGCGAAGGAAACCAACACGUUGUAGAACCGUCCCAGCUAAGGCAACUACCAUCACUUAUGCAAUUUCUGAGAAUUGAAGUUGAAAGUAGAGAAAGAACGACAGUCACAAAAAAAAAACAGAAUCAGGAGGCAUAA